AUGAACGUUGACGUCAUCGAUGCGACGGCGGAGGCGCUCCCGCUGGAGCUGUUGAACGCAACGAACAAGGAGCUGACGGCGCAGCUGUCGCGGCACGAGCAGCUGUGCGAUGAGAAGAUACGUGCGAUAGAGGACCUGCGGAGGCGGCUGCAGUUCAUGAAGGAGCACCUCAGCAACGUGCGUGGGGAGAUCGUGAGCACCCAGAGCCUGGUGGAGUGCAAGCGGCGCGAGGUGGAGUCCGGAACGCACAUGUACCGCCUCCUCGACCGCGAGUGCGGGCGGCUGAGGCAGGGGCAGGCGCACAUGCAGGCGCAGCAGGCGGAGGUGCGGGAGCAGCUGCAGGCGGUGCAGAACCGCAUCUUCCAGGAGAACCUGCGCAUGGCCGAGUUGAAGGGGGCAAUGACGUUCAACCAGGACGAGCUUGAGCAGUGGGACCUCGCGCGCAAGCAGAAGGAGGCCGACGAGGAGGCCGUGGCGCGCUACGCAAAGGAUGAUGAGGUCCGGGCACGCCAGCUGAACGCGGCCGUCGAGCGGCUCGAGGCGAGGCUGCGUGAGCGCAGGCGUGCGCUGGAGGAGGAGGUGAUGGUCACGCGCAACGUGCAGCUGGAGCUGGACCGCAGUGCGGCGGACUACCGCAAGCUGCACCACGACCGCGGCGCGCUGCUGGACGAGUGGGAGAGCGUCGUGAAGGUCAUUCACGAGCGCGACGCGGCGAUUCGCGCGGCGGCGAUGCAGUACGCGGAGGGCGCGGAGUGGCUGGAGCAGCGGCGGGCGGUGCUGCAGGCGCUCGUGGCGGACCUCGACGCGGCGCGUGAGGCGGCGGCGGCGACGCAGGCGGGCAUCAAGGAGCGGGAGCAGCGCGCGGAGAAGCACCGUGGCGUGCUGGCGUCGCUGGAAGGCCACGUUGUGGCGAUGGAGGAGGAGGUGGAGACGCUGCGCGAGCAGGUUGCGCGGGCGGUGCGGGAGCGCAACAACGCCCGCGUUCGCGCCGAGGAGAACCGGGCGCUGGCUGUGCACAAGGCGGCGGCGUACGACCGCGCGGUGGAGCAGCGGGCGCGGACGAAGCAGCAACUGCACGGCGAGCUCGACACGGCGCUGGACCUCGAGCAGCAGCGGGCGACGAUUGCGCGGCUGCUGCAGGAGGCGCGCGCGACGGAGCGGCGCCUCGACAAGGAGGUGGAGGACCUGAAGCGCGAGGACUUCGCCGCGGGGGAGCGGCUGCAGGCGACCGGCCGCCUGCAGGACGAGCUGAUUGCGGAGAUCAGCGGCGGGCAGGCGCAGGGGCGGAACCUGAAGGCGAGGAUCGGCCAGCUCGACCGCGAGCACUUUGGGCAGCAGGAGAUCCUGUACAACGUGGAGUUCAACGUGCAGCAGAUGCAGCGCAAGGUGAACCGGGCGAAGGGGGAGCGGACGGAGGAGGAGCGGAGCCGCCUGAACGAGAAGAUUGCGGCGUUGCAGGGCACGCUGGACGAGCUUUGCGGGCAGCAGCGCGCGCUGGACACGCAGGUGAAGCGGGUGCGGGAGGAAACGCGGCAGGCGACGCUGGAGGUGGCGCGGCUGCGGGAGCAGGAGACGAGCACGUGCGACAAGGCGCUGCAGCUGCGGCUUGCGUGCGACAGCUGCGGGGCGGAGCUGCGGAGGCUGCGCAAGGUGCGGGAGGAUGAGCUGGUGCGGGUGGACACGCAGGAGCUGCAGCUGCAGGGGCUGAAGCGCACGCUGCACCAGCGCAGCGGCGAGCUGGGCGAGCUUGAGGGGCAGAAGCGGCAGCUCGCGCUGGACGUGUCCCAGCGGGCGGCGGAGAUCGCCGUGCACCACGACAUCCUCAAGAUGGAGGCGAAGCUGGCGGAGGAGGAGCGCCGGCGGCUCGUCGCGGAGCUGCUGGACCGCCAGAAGGCCCUCGCGGCGCUGCGCAACCGCCACGAGGUGCGCGUGGGGCGCAUGGACCCGGAGCAGGCGCGCUGGUCGCAGGCGCAGCUCGUGAUGGAGGCGGCGAAGGAGCGCGAGGCGCUGCAGUGCAAGGGGGACGCGCUGGACGCGCGCGUGGCCCGGCUGGAGCGCGAGCUGCUGAAGCUGGAGCGCACGCUGCAGGUCAUCCGGGCAAGCAAUUCCAACUACCGCCACAUGUUUGACCGGGUGCAGGAAAGCGACGGGGAGGAGCAGACGAGGCGGGCGCUGGAGGCGAAGCAGCGGGAGCUCAAGGCCGCCAUCAGCCGCCGUGCGCUGGAGGCGAGCGAGUACCAGGAGGUGCUCCACGGCAAGACGGCGGAGCUGCAGCAGUUGACGGCGCGGAAGGAGCGGGCGGUGAGUGCCGUGGAGGAGCUGCGGCAGGCCUGCGAGCACGCGCACGGGGCCAUCCUGGAGGGCAGGGAGGCGGUGAUCCGGUACAGCCAGGCGAUCAACAGGGCCCGUGCCGCUGUCACGGCGGAGGUGGCGGCGGAUGUGGAGUUGCAGGAGAAGCGGCAGCGGCACGAGGCGGCGGUGGGCCGCGUGCUGCAGCUGUCGCAGCGACACAGCGAGGGCGCGGGGGAGGCGGCGCGUGCGCUUCUGCUGGAGCGAUGGGGUGCCGUCUGA